AGGGAAGAGCGAGGAGAGGUGGUGCGCCUGCGUGGUUUGCCGUGGUGGCUGCAGCCCGGCCUAGUCAGGUGGCGGGGCGAGCCUGCACGUGGGGCUCCCGGAGAGGAGGUGGCCGCUGUUGUAAUGACUCCGGGUGACAUUGGGGCAGACCCUAGAGUUUAAGGAUGUGGGCCCCCACGGCGGGGCUCUCUCCGCGGCUGGCGCUGUCAGCCUUUUCCGGUGCUGCUCGCCUUGGCCUCGGGAGGUCCGGAGCGGGGAGAUGGAAGGGCGUCCCGGCGAGGAACCGCCGUGGUUUGUCCGAUUUUCGGCCGAAGCUGGCGCCCAGUGAGGGUUUCAAAGAUCUGCCCCCCGGGGUGUCCAGGAGCCGCUUAGAGUCCAAGCGUUACAUACUCAGUCCGAGCCUGGCCGAGACCAUGGUGCCGUUCCUGCUGAAAAACGACGGCUGCGACCUAAUCCUGGAAAUCAAUCCCGGUCCUGGGAUCCUGACUAGAGCAUUACUUCAAAGAGGUGCCAGAGUGAUUGCCCUUGAAAGUGACAAAGCUUUUAUUCCACAUUUGGAGUCCCUAGGAAAAAAGCUUGGUGGGAAACUACAUGUGCUCCACAGUGACUUCUUCAAACUGGACCCUAGGAGUUUUGGAGUAAUAAAACCUGUUGUGAAUUCAAAGUUGCUUUUUCAAAAAUUUGGAAUAGAAACACUUCCUUGGUCGAAAGGUAUCCCUUUGAAAGUUGUUGGAAUCUUCCCAACUAAAAAUGAGAAAAAGAUGAUUUGGAAAGUUUUACAUGACAUAUAUUCCUGUACUUCUAUAUAUAGAUAUGGACGAGUGCAACUAAAUUUGUUUUUUAAUGAACUGGAAUCCCAGAGGAUGAUGGCGAACCCCCUGAACCCUAACCUGUACUACGCGUUAAGUGUGCUCUGGCAAGUAGCUUAUGAUGUGAAGCUGCUGCAUAUGGAACCUUGGUCAUCAUUUGACAUAAGCAGUCAAAGUGGGCAGCAGGAAAAGCCACAGUGUAAGGAAUCAUUAGAACAGCAAAUACAACAAAACCUGUGUCUUAUUCAAUUGACUCCUCAUAAAAAUUUAUUUUCACAACAUUUAACAUCUGUUAACUAUGAUGUAUUUUUUCACAUGACAAAGCAGUGUUUUUUGAAGCGCCAGGGCAAGCUAAUCGACCACUUACCUUCAUUGAGUCCAAUUGAUGCAAUGGACAUAUUGAAGGAAAUAAAUCAAGAUAAAACAAUAAAAAUAAUAGACAUGUAUCCUUCAGACUUUAAAUGCCUUUUUGAAACUAUAGAAUGUUCCAAAGAUCACACCUGUAAGUGGCUAUAUGAUGACUUCAUGGAAGAUGUAAUCGUAUAGGAAACUGGACUGCCAAGACAGUAGCUGGAGCCGUUUAUUUUAUUUGGAAAUUAUAAAGCAAUUGAAAAAGAACUUAAGUUUUUAAAGCUCAGUGUUUCAACAGAAGGUAAUAUUCUUGCUUUUCACAAACAAGGCAGAUAAUUUCUUCUGAGGUUGAUACCAUUAGUACAUUGGAUAAAACAAUGGCUGCUAUUUUAUUUACAACUGAAUAAAAUGAAAACUCCACUUAAUUGUGGAUUUGAUCAGCUUAGAUUUGUUUGUUUUAAAUUCCUAUCUACUGUCAACAUACUGGUAGUUGUAUGGAAUUACCAGAUGAAAUUUACUUUUAAAAAUCCUGUUAGUCAAAUACUUACAUUGCAUUACUGUAAAUAUUCCACUUUCACUGUUGAUUUUUGCAUCCUCUGGGGGCAAAGUGUUCAUUUUUAAAAUGAGAAAGUAAAUUAAACUGAUUUAAAUAGUU